GUGCAUUGCAUUUUUAAUCAGUGAAAAAUGUUUCGAAACUGUGGAAACAGAUUUUUGAUAAACAUUACAAAAUUCAAACCAUUUAUUUUACAACGACGUUAUGCUGCAAAAUGGUAUCCAGACGCAGAAUUUAUGGAACAAUUUUCGUCACCAGUAAUGUAUCCUGACAAUGUUACCGCACAAUGGCAAAUGCCACCAUGGAAUCAUCAAAUGACACCGACCGAGAAGAAGGUGCGCAAUCUAACAUUGAAUUUUGGUCCUCAACAUCCUGCUGCACAUGGUGUCCUACGUUUAGUAAUGGAAUUAGAUGGUGAAACUGUUGUGCAUUGUGAUCCUCACAUUGGACUUUUGCAUCGUGGUACCGAAAAACUAAUUGAAUACAAGACCUAUUUACAAGCUUUGCCAUACUUUGAUCGUUUGGAUUAUGUUUCGAUGAUGUGCAAUGAACAAUGUUAUUCAUUGGCAGUGGAAAAGCUGUUAAAUAUUGAGGUGCCAAUUCGAGCUAAAUACAUACGAACAUUAUUUGCCGAAAUAACUCGUAUACUUAAUCACAUAAUGGCCAUUGGUACACAUGCUUUGGAUAUUGGUGCUCUAACGCCAUUCUUUUGGCUGUUUGAGGAGCGUGAAAAACUAAUGGAAUUCUAUGAAAGGGUAUCAGGAGCUCGUAUGCAUGCGGCCUACAUACGUCCGGGAGGUGUUGCUGCCGAUAUGCCGCUGCACUUAAUGGAUGAUAUUUAUGAAUUCGCAUCGAAAUUCGCUGAACGUUUGGAUGAGGUGGAAGAUGUUUUAAGUCAGAAUCGAAUUUGGCUACAACGUACAGUCGACAUAGGUGUGGUGACGGCUGAAGAAGCUAUAAAUUAUGGUUUUAGUGGUGUCAUGCUUAGAGGUUCUGGUAUAAAAUGGGAUUUACGUAAACAACAACCCUAUGAUGCCUACAGUUUAGUUAAUUUCGAUAUACCGAUUGGUUCUAAAGGCGACUGCUAUGAUCGUUAUCUAUGUCGUGUGAAGGAAAUGCGUCAGUCUUUGAAUAUUAUAGAACAAUGUCUAAAUCAAAUGCCAGCUGGUGAGAUUAAAAUAGAUGAUUGCAAAAUAACCCCACCUAGACGCCGCGAAAUGAAGAGAUCGAUGGAAGCUUUGAUACACCAUUUUAAAUUCUUUACGCAAGGUUUUUGUGUGCCGCCUGGUGCCACGUACACAGCUAUCGAAGCACCUAAAGGAGAAUUUGGUGUUUACUUAGUAUCAGAUGGUUCAAGUCGCCCAUAUCGUUGUAAAAUUAAGGCACCUGGGUUUGCUCAUUUGGCGGCUCUAGAUCGCAUAGGACGCCAGCACAUGUUGGCCGAUAUUGUGGCAAUUAUUGGAACGAUGGAUGUUGUGUUUGGUGAAAUUGACCGUUAAGUAUUAUUAUCUUGUAAUUGUUUAAUCAAAGAAAGCAUUAAAAUAUUAAUAAAAUAAAUACAUAUAAAU